AUGAGUGAGGGGCAAAGCGAGCGCGAUCGGAGCAGCCAGGGUGCUGUUGCUACCAGCACCACCACGCCGACGACGGGCGUGUCCCCUCACAGCGCCAGCCCCCAGGAGGUGACCACGGUGGUUAUCGCCGCGGCUCUCUUCGAAAGUAGUCAGGAGGAAGAAGAAGAGGAAUUGGAGGAGUUAGAAGAUGAAGAGGAAGAUGAGGAAGAUGAUGAUGAUGAGGAGGAGGAUGAAGAGGAGGAAGAAAGCGGCCACAGCGAGACGGUGAUCAGGAAAUGUGUGUACCAGGAUUGUACUGAAACCACCAACCUGGUGGCUAAACCUAGGAAGCCUUGGAUGUGCAAAAAGCACCGCAACAAAACUUACAAGGACAAAUACAAGAAGAAGAAGAGCGUUCAGGCUAUGGAUGAUACAGAUGAAAGACCUACAUCUGCCACCAAACAACGUUUGAGAUGUAUGAUAGUGCAUCAAACGAGUCGUAAAGCAAGCCUCCUUGAGCAAGUUUUAAGUCAAAAGAGAUUGUCAUUAUUGAGAAGUCCAGAAGUUGUCCAGUUUCUACAACAGCAGCAACGAUUGCUGAGCAACCAGGCCCUUGCUCAAAGGCAGCAGUUUCCAGAAUCACCAAUGUGAUGCUUUCUUUGCAAAUAGGAUGGUAAUGUACAGGAGGAUGAUGCUAAUGAAACCUCUGUAAGUCACUGAAGGUUUUCAGCUGCUUUACUUCAUUACUGUGAGAACAGAGUUUUCUAACACCAUUUUGAAAAAAAAAUUAAGUGUGAUGAUUGUGAUAUUACCAUAUGAAAGACUUUUUCUGUAUUAAAGGUAUACUUGGAUAUUUUGAAUAUUCCUGAUUGGUAAUUUGACCCUCGAUGAUGAUUGUGCAAAUGAGGUUGAGGGAAUGAUGGUAUAAAAUGGAGCAGUUUACUAUUACAGGACCUAGUCUUGUCACUGAACAUUUUCAAAUUAGAUACAGCAGCUGAGUGCAAAAUAAAGCGCUGUUGCCCCUGCGCCAUCAAUGUACAUCAGCCUAAACAAAAACUAUCAUUUACGUAAUGUUGUAUGUGAAGUCAUCUGAGGAAGUAUUGUGGUGGAGGUAGAAAAUGUAGUGAAUCCUGACUAAGCAAAAAUGAGAAAAGUUGGAAUAGCAAGUAGAUUUUAAAAGAAGAGUCUAUAUGGCUUCUGAAAGCAGAAGGGUGUGGAAGGAUUUCAAGAGUACCUUUAUUGUUUGAUACUGUAUAAUGGAAAGUCUGUGGAGUUUGUAAGGAUAUGUAAAGGUUGUAAUGUUACAGAAAAGCACUGCUAUAGUUUGUGUCUUAAAGCAAAUUGCAAUCUGAGCUGAUUUCUGCUGUUCAGAAUUUAAGGUUUGAACUAUUCAUUUUUUUUCUAUGUGUUCAAGGGAACGUGGGCAUUGCUGGCUAGACCAGGUUUUUGUACAAAUUGUA